GGGACGGCAUUGACUGUUUAUUAUCCACCAAUUCACUGUAAUUCAUCGAACGUCACCGUUGGUAACAUGGCGGAGCAGCGAGCGGAGGAGCUGCACCAGGAGGACACUGCCUCAAACAGAAACAUAACUUUCAGUUUUGGGAAUGACAAUGUUCAGGAUGUUGGAAGUGUCACACCUGACGUGCACUCUGAGGCCGAAUCCGCUGAACCAAACUUCAGUACUGCAACCACUACUGAUGCACAACAUGAAAACCUGUCUGAAACAAUGGAUCCAACCUCAACAUCUGGAACAGCAGAAAGGCACAUUUCCAUCCAACAGUCUCUGGCAGACUUGAAGAAUCUUAUAGAUAUUGAAGGCGCUGGUAAGAAGACCUGCCCUUUGUGUCCGGAAGAAAAGUUCAAGCCCAACUAUAGUCACAAGCUACGAAGACAUUUGCAACAUCUACAUUGGAAAGUGUCCAUAGACUUUGAAGGUUACAGAAUGUGUAUCUGUCACUUAGCCUGCCGACGAAUGAAAACCAACCUCAAUGGAGAACAGGUGCCAGUGCGGAUUGGAGCACACUACCAUUGCAUUGUCUGCUCAGCCACGAUUGCACGGAGAACAGACAUGAUCAGUCACAUAACACGGCACUUGAACAAAGGAGAUACAGAAGCAAGCUUCACUGGAGCCAGUAGUGGGCAAUUGUCAUCCACUGAAGUGAUGAAGGAAGUUGACACUGAUGUUCAUGUAUUUCCAAACCACACAACUCCUCAAAAAACAGAUUCUUUCUUUAACCCUAAAAUGAAACCUAACAGACAACUGAUAUUCUGCACUCUUGCUGUUCUGGCUCAAGAGCGCAAACCUCUGGAAUGUUUAGAUGCCUUUGGAGCUACAGGAAUUAUGGGGUUACAGUGGGCCAAACACCUUGGAGAUGCUGUGAGAGUCACCAUAAAUGACAUAAACGAGGGCUCUGUGAAGAUGAUUGGAGAAAAUUGUCACCUAAACCGAAUGAAGGUGGUGAUGAACAGAAAAGAAGAGGAGGAGGAUGAAGAUGAGGUUGAGGAAAAUGAUGAUACUUUAGGUACUAUUGAGGUCACACAAAUGGAUGCCAAUGUACUCAUGCAUUUGAGAGCUUUUGACUUCAUUCAUCUUGACCCAUUUGGAACAGCAAUAAAUUACUUUGAUGCUACCUUCAGAAAUGUGCGGAAUCUUGGAAUCGUUUCUGUGACAUCCACUGACAUUAGCACAUUGUACUGCAAGGCCUUAAAUGUCACCAUGCGCCACUAUGGUUGUAAUAUUGUCCGGACAGAAUACUAUAAAGAGGUGGCAGCCAGAAUGGUCAUUGCUUCUAUGGCAAGGGCGGCAGCACGCUGCAACAAGGGGAUUGAAGUUCUGUUAGCCGUAGCUCUGGAACACUUUGUUCUGGUAGUGGUACGGGUGCUUCGAGGUCCUUCCCAGGCAGACGAAAGCCUGAAGAAAAUCCGUCGCCUGAUCCAUUGUCAAUGGUGUGAAGAGCGGGUCUUCUACAAGAAGUGCCAUAUGCUAGAAGAGAGUGCAUAUCAGCAGCUGCCCUGCGAUUGCCAUGGAAGUAUGCCAGGAAAAACCGCAGUGGAGCUUGGACCAUUGUGGUCGGGGUCAUUGUUUAACACUGGCUUCCUGCGGAGAAUGCUGUUCGAAGCCGUCCAACAUGGAAUUGAAGACAUCCAUCCUUUGCUAAAGAACUUGACCUGUGAAUCUGAAUGCACAACAUUGAAGCAUCAUUCAAUAUUUGGGCCAAUGAGCCACAGCAGUCAAGAGGAGAGUGGAGUUGUUAUUAAAACCUUAGCCUCUCAUAAAUCUGGAGUUGAGGAUACAAGCUCAGCAUCAUAUUCUGGACAAGAGAAACGGAAGGGUAGUGAACUGCCCGGGAACGCAGCAAAACGACAGAAAGGAGAUAUUCCCUCUGAGCAUCCUCCCUUCUACUAUAGCAUCCACAGGCACAGUAUUCGAGGAAUGAACAUCCCGAAGAUAAAUAAAUUCCUGCCCUACCUCACGCAAGCUGGUUUCCGGGUUGGACGUACUCAUUUUGACCCAACAGGAAUUCGGACAGAUGCAACCUUAGCGCAGUUGAAAGCCAUCCUGAUGAAAUACAGUAUGCCCACGCAUACUGACAGUCUGCCUGGUAUUCAUAGUCAUGCUUCAGUAGAACCUAUUUCAGAACCUGUACAAGAUUCCACUCCAAAGCCACUUGAAAUCGAUCAGCCUGCUGAAGAAGUAAAACCAGAAUCAGGAUAAACUUGUGUGGUCCAGAUAGACUAUUGUAGCCAAGUGUCCAGGUUGGAUUUGUGGCAUAUAUUUGGUUCCUGCAUCACUGAAGAACCAGUGCAGGUUCGUGCUUCAUUGUGCAUAAUACGCUGUAAAAUUGAUUAUAACCUUUGUAUAAAAGACCCCAUUGUGUAUUAUUCAUCAAUAAAUCACAGGUAUGGGCCAUGAUUUGUACAGGUGCCUUUGAAUUGCAAAUGUUGAAGAGGUAUUUCCUGCUCUCGAAAUUUUGUUGUUUCCAUUAAUGCACCAGUUAUGUACUUUUCGUUGAAAUAUUGCAACAGCAGCAUAUACACAAGUAUUUUUUUGUAAUGGAAGUGUGUGUCUAAAGUUUUUAAAAUAUUUUAUUUAAAAAAACAUGUUUUAUUUUUAUUUUUCCUUCACAUUAAGCAAUAAGUCAAAACCACAACCGGAAAAUUCAUACUGGAAUUUAGCACUGCCCUUAAACAAUAGCUCCAUGUACUAAAGAAGGGUUUCGGCCCAAAAUGUUGCCCAUUUCCUUCGCUCCAUAGAUGCUGUUGCACCCGCUGAGUUUCUCCAGCAUUUUCGUGUAGCUCCAUGUACUAAGCUGUUUUAUGCUCGGGACUUAGACCAUGUGUUUUAAAAGUGAAAUGGAAACAGAUUGAAGCUGAAACCCAGAAAUCAAUAUGUCUGUCUAUCUGUUGUAUUUGCAAGUUUGUUGAAAAGCAAAAUUUUGAUUCUGCAGCUAUCAUAAAGGCUUUA